AUGGCAGUCGCUUCACCAGACCCCCAGCAACUCUGCCAAGUUCUGGAGGGGACCUAUUCGCAAAAUGAGGACGUACGAAAAACAUCGGAGCAAUAUCUUCAAUCCAUUUCGCCGUCUCCGGGUCUGCUUGCGGCACUGCUGAAAAUCGUCCAGCACGAUCAGAUCGAUGUGGGCGUCCGAACUUCCGCAGCGGUGAUGCUGAAGAAUGAAGUGAAGAAACACUGGGAGGGCCCUGGAGCGGGUCUCGAGGACUCCGACGAAGCGGAUGGCGCAGCGGGCGCUCGGAAGAAGGAAGAGUUCUACUCAGCAGAAGAAAAAGCGUUUAUCAAGGAAAACCUCUACCAGGCUUUGAUUCAAGUCUGCCCAGUCUCGCAGCCGGUCUCGCAGCAGCUGCUCGAGUGCAUUCGCCUUAUUGCUCUGCACGACUACCCAGCGAGCUGGGAACCGCUCCUUCCCGCGGUGACAACAGACAUCGCCGCGCGCCAAGACUCGAGUCGCUUGCUCUGCGCGCUCUCUGUCCUCCGAAGGCUGUGCGGCAUUUACGAGUUCAAGCGAACGGACAAAGAGGCGCUGGACGCAAUCAUUGAGCGGACGUGGCCUCUCUUGCUGCCUGCCGCUGCGCAGCUCCUCAACGAAGGCGGCUUGGGGAACACAGACGCGAUGCAAAUGCUCAAAUUGAUCUGCAAAAUCUACUGGAGCUCCACGCAAGUCUGCCUCUCCUCGUCCGCUCUCGUCGUCUCCACCAUGGACGACUGGAUGCAGCUGAUGGAGCAGAUCCUCGUCAGACCCGUCCCGCCGGAGUUGCUGUCGGGUUUGGACGCGGCCGAGCGCUGCGAGCUUCCGGUGUACAAGGUGAAGAAGUGGGCACUUCAGAUCAUUCAGCGCGCGUUCUCGCGUUUCGGCGACCAGAAGCUGCUGAACCGGGCGACACGGAGUUCGAAGGAGGACGUCGCGCAGGCGUUUGGGCGGAACUUCGCGACUAAAUGGGCCCCACGCUUCACCGAGAAGAUCCUCCUGCUGCUCCGCCAGCGCCACGAGCACCCGGAGGAGGUCCAAUUCUGGCUCUCGCCGCGCAUGCUGAACUUGAUGCUGCAGUUUCUCCUGCUCGCCACCGAGGCCGCAAAGAUCUACGCCUCGCUCCUCAAACCCAGCGGCGAAUUCCUCGUCUCGCAGGUCUGCGUGCCGCUCCUCCAGUUCAACGAAGAAGACGACGAACUCUGGCAAACGGAGCCCGUCGAGUUCGUCCGACGACAGAGCGACGCCCUCGAAAGCUUCUCAGACCCCAAGGAAGCAGGCAAGAAAGAGCUCCGGGCUCGGCAGAAAAACGUCCAGCGGCCCUUGCCUCCGAAGCGCAUGUUCCCUCUUGCCCCCCGCCGCCGUCUCUCUGUGCACGCGUGUCUUGUGUUUCUGGUUGCUGUGCGUUUCUGGAUCGCAGCGUGCGAGUUCAUCAAGGCCUUGGUCCGGUAUCGCGGCCGAGAUUUCCUGGAGCCGCUGUAUCUGCUGACCCACCGUCUCGUGGACGAGUUUCGGACGGUGGCGCAGCAGGCUGCCGCGGCGAACCAGGCGCUGCCGGUUGUCGCGUACCAGAAGAAAGACGCCGCGUUGCGCCUCUCCUGUUGCAUUUCCGAUCGGCUGCUGUCGAAGAAGCGCCAGGCGCCCGUCGAGGACUUUCUGGCCCUGUUUGUGUUGCCGGAUCUCCAGAGCCCCAACAAGUUCCUGCGCAUGCGCGCCUGCGCCGUCUACGAGGAGUUUGUUCCCAAGUUGGCGACGUGGAAGAAUCCGGCGGCGCUGGUCGAGGCGUACAGGGGCAUUGUGCUGCUGACGCAGGACGCGGAGUUGCCGGUGCGCGUGCAGGCUGCGAUCUCCGCCAAAGUCUUCUUCAGUGUCGAAGUCGAGGAGCUCCAGCAGGUGAUUGUCGCCAACCUCGAGGGGCUGACCAAGCAGCUGUUCGCCGUGAUGAAGGACAUCGACAACGAACAAGUCGUCGCCACCAUUGAGCAGCUGAUCUCGUCGCACGAAGAACACAUUGCGCCCUACGCAAAGGACUUGACUCAAGCCCUCAGCGUGACGCUCCUCGAAAUGCUCGACCGCGAAGGCGCCGCGGAGCAGGCGGGCGACGACAGCGCCGAGGAAGACGCCGCCUUCGCCUCCAUGACUGUCCUCAGCGCUCUCAAAAACGUCCUUUCUUCCGUGACGGAGACGCCCGCUUUGUACUCGGAGUUCCUCGCCGACCUGUAUCCGGUGUUUGACGCGUUGUUUGCGCCGGACGCCAUCAACUUGCUGGACGACGCGAUCGAGAUUCUCGCCUUCAUCACCUUUUACAUUCCCGCGCCGUUCCCCCCGCAGCUGUGGCGCUACUUUGAGUCCCUCCACCAAGCAGUCUGUGGCGGCUCGACGCCCGCGCGGCCCUUGAGCGAGGCUCUCCAGAACGGCUGGGCAGUCGACUCGGUCGGCGACAUGAUUGCACCCAUCUCCAACUUCAUGUGCAGAGCGCAUGCGCAGUUCGUCAGUGGACAAAACGAACUGGGCGUCUCCUACAAGGCCUGUGUCCUGCAAAUCGGGAAAAAGUGCAUCGAAGACCUCGACUCCACCGACGCCUGUCUCGGCCUACAGCUUCUCUGCCUCCUGCUCGAGUGCUGCGCGGCGCAACAGACUGCCGACGACAUCCUCCUGCCUGCCUUUCAGUCUGUGUGGGGCUGGGUGCUCAAGCUGAACGCAGAGGACGGCGAGGAGAUCGACAAACGAACGCGACAAAUGUUCAUCAAGUUCGUUCUCACCCUCAUGGUCUACGACGUCCGGAAAUUCUUCCUGCUCCUGGAAGAACAAGGAGCCACGGCUCAGGUCCUCAGCUUCGUGCUGGAGAACGUGGCCCUCAUCAAAACGUACGAGCAGAAGAAAGUCUUCAUUCUGGGAUGCACGCGACUCCUUCAGGAGUUUGCAGCCGCCCCCGCGGCCUUCCCCGCAUGCGUGGCAGAGAGUCAGGCGCUGAUCACCAAGGCGCUCGCGACGCAGGCCACCGAGCAGGCGCAGCUGAAGCAGAAACUGAAGGAAGAGGAAGACAACAGCGAUUUCGAGACGGAUUCCGACGGAGAUUCCGAGCAAGAUUUAGACGAAACUGAAGACGCAGGCCUCCAUCCGAAAGCCAAGGAGAUCCUCGAGAAACUCGACAACGUGAAGUGGGGCGGCGACGAUGACGAUGACGACGACGAUGACUGGGACGAGAUGUACGACUCAAGCUGCGACGAGAGCGGCGGCCUGCAGUCUUCGCCUCUCGCCGAGGUCGACGAGUUGAAGAAUCUUCGGGAGGUUCUUGCGGCGCUUCCUCCGGAGGCUCAGGCGCAAAUUUCCUCUUGGCUAGGUCCCAUUCAACUAGCGAAGCUGAAUGAAGUUCUCACUGAAGCUCCGCCCGCCGCUGCGGCUGCGUCUUCGACUUCCUGUUGA